AUGUUCAAGGGUCAGCAGCUGCUGCUGUUGCUGUUCUUCAGGGGAUCCCUAAUCAAUGCUGGUGCCUGGACUGGAGAUGCCACCAAUUCUAACAGUGAGGACAGCCUGCAAUCCUCCUCAGAAAAGGGCUGGUGCUCCACGUGGGGAGCUGAUCACUUUUCCACCUUUGACCACCAUGAGUAUGAGUUCAGAGGGAUGUGCAACUACAUCUUUACGGCCACGUGUGGGGAUGCCUUGCCCACCUUCAGCAUCCAGUUGCGGAGAGAUAGGGAUGGGAACAUCUCCCGGAUCAUCAUGGAACUGGGGGCCUCUGUGGUCACCGUGAACAAAGCAAUCAUCUCUGUCAGGGACAUUGGGGUUGUUAGCCUGCCCUAUACAAGCAAUGGCCUCCAGAUUACACCAUAUGGCCAGAGCGUGCAAUUGGUGGCCAAGCAGCUGGAGCUGGAGUUAGUUGUCAUGUGGGGACCAGAUGCCCAUCUUAUGGUCCUGGUAGAGAAGAAGUACAUGGGCAAGCUGUGUGGACUGUGUGGGAACUUUGACGGGAAGACAGAUAAUGAGUUUCUAAGCGAGGACGGCAAACUUCUGGAACCUUACAAGUAUGCUGUACUCCAGAAGCUAGAUGAUCCCAAUGAGAUCUGUGCCCAUGAGGCCAUUCCCAGGCCUACCACCCUGAAGACCAGAUAUGCCCAGAUCUGCAACCAGCUACUGACCCUGGUGUCCCCUGGGUGUGAUGUGCCUAAGGAGUCACUGGUGCUGAGCUGCCAGGCAGACAUGGAUAAGUGUGCCCAGCGAGGUCAGCAGAAUUGCAGCUGUGCCACGCUGUCUGAGUACUCCCGUCGCUGCAGCAUGGCCAGCCAGUCUGUCCGCAACUGGAGGACCCCUGGACUCUGCCCCGUGGGCCAGUGCCCAGCCAACCAGGUGUACCAGGAGUGCGGUGAGGUCUGCGUCAAGACUUGCUCCAACCCACAGCACAGCUGCUCCAGCUUCUGCAACUUCGGCUGCUUCUGCCCCCAUGGUACACUGCUUGACGACAUAUCCAGAAACCACACCUGUGUGCCAGUCAGCCAGUGCCCAUGUAUGCUCAAUGGUGUGAUUUACGGCCCUGGGGAGAUCACGAGAACAGCCUGCCAAACCUGCCAGUGUACCAUGGGCCGCUGGACGUGCACAGAGCAGCCAUGUCCUGGGCACUGCUCCCUAGAAGGUGGUUCCUUUGUCACCACAUUCGACGCCAGACCCUACCGCUUCCAUGGCACCUGCACCUACACGCUUCUCCAGAGCCCACUGCUACCCAACAAUGGCACCCUCCUGGCUGUGUAUGACAAGUCAGGUUACUCCCAUUCAGAGACCUCCCUAGAGUCUGUCAUCUACCUGUCCAAGAAGGACAAAAUUGUGAUCUCAAAGGAUGAAGUGAUCACCAACAAUGGAGACACCAAGGUGCUGCCAUACAAGACACACAACAUCACCAUCUUCAGGCAGACAUCUACCCACCUCCAGAUGGCUACCACCUUUGGCCUGGAAGUCGUGGUCCAGCUACAGCCUGUCUUCCAGGCCUACAUCACAGUCGGGCCCCAGUUCAAAGGCCAGACUAGAGGGCUCUGCGGCAAUUUCAACGGAGACACGACAGAUGAUUUCACGACCAGCAUGGGCCUUGAUGAAGGCACGGCCUCACUCUUUGUGGACUCAUGGCGCGCAGGGAACUGUCCAGCUGCCCUGGAGCGGGAGACUGACCCCUGCUCCAUGAGCCAGCUCAACAAGGUGUGUGCAGAGACCCAUUGCUCCAUGCUGCUGAGGAAGGGCAGUGUCUUUGAGAAAUGCCACACGGUGGUGAACCCCCAGCCCUUCUACAAGAGGUGUGUGUACCAGGCCUGCAACUACGAGGAGACCUUCCCUCACAUCUGUUCUGCACUGGGGGCCUAUGCCCAUGCCUGCUCCUCCCGAGGCGUCCUGCUCUUGGGCUGGAGGAGCAGCGUGGACAAUUGCACUGUGCCUUGCACUGGCAACCGCACGUUCAGCUACAAUAGCAAGGCCUGUGACCGCACCUGCCUGUCUCUGUCGGACCGUGAGACAGAGUGCCAUGCGAGUGCUGUGCCAGUGGAUGGCUGCAACUGUCCCGAGGGCACCUACUUGAACCACAAGGCAGAAUGCGUGCACAAGGCCCAGUGUCCCUGCCUGCUGGACAGCUCCAAGUUCGUCCAGGCUGAUCAGUCAACCAUGAUCAAUGGGGUCAUAUGUUACUGCAUCAAUGGCCACCUGAGCUGCCCACGGCAGGCAGAGAUGUUCUUGGCAACCUGCGCAGAGCCCAAGACCUUCCAGUCCUGCAGCCAGUCAUCAGAGGACAAGUUCGGGGCUGCAUGUGCCCCCACAUGCCAGAUGCUGGCCACAGGCAUUGACUGUGUACCCACCAAAUGCGAAUCUGGCUGUAUUUGUCCUAAGGGGCUCUAUGAAAACAGCUAUGGGCAGUGUGUGCCUGCAGAGGAAUGCCCAUGUGACUUUGCAGGGGUGUCCUAUCCUGGUGGUUCUGAGCUCCAUACUGACUGUAAGACCUGCACUUGCUCACAGGGAAGGUGGACCUGCCUGCUCAGCGCGCAAUGCCCAUCCACCUGUGUCCUCUAUGGCGAAGGCCACAUCAUAACUUUUGAUGGACAGCGCUUUGUGUUUGAUGGCAACUGCGAGUACACUCUGGCCACGGAUGACUGUGGUACCAACAGUUCACAGCCUACCUUCAAGGUCGUGACAGAGAACGUCAUCUGUGGGAAGUCAGGGGUCACCUGCUCCCGAGCCAUCAAGAUCUCCCUGGGUGGGCUAUCCAUCACAAUGGCAGACAGAAACUACACAGUCAGCGGGGAAGAACCCUUGGUGCACCUUCAGGUGAAGCCCAGCCCCCUGAAUCUGGUCCUGGACAUAGACAUCCCUGGAAGGCUCAACCUGACGCUCGUGUGGAACAAGCACAUGAGCGUCUCUAUCAAGAUCCGCCGCGCCACCCGGGAUGUCCUCUGUGGCUUGUGUGGCAACUCCAAUGGGAACAUGAAGGAUGACUUUGAGACACGCAGCAAGUACGUGGCAUCCAAUGAACUGGAAUUUGUGAACUCAUGGAAGGAGAAUCCACUAUGUGGGGAUGCGAGUUACGUGGUUGAUCCCUGCAGCCUAAACACCUUCCGGCGCUCCUGGGCUGAGCGCAAAUGCAACAUUAUCAACAGCCAGACCUUUGCCGCCUGCCACAGCAAGGUAUAUCACCUGCCCUACUAUGAGGCCUGUGUGCGUGAUACCUGUGGGUGUGACAUGGGCGGAGACUGUGAAUGUCUGUGCGAUGCGGUAGCUGCCUAUGCCAAGGCCUGUCUGGACAAGGGCGUCUGUGUGGACUGGAGGGCCCCAGACUUCUGCCCUGUCUACUGUGACUUCUACAACAUUCACACACUGGUGGGUGAGAAUGAAUACCAGUAUGCUCAGGAGGCCAACUGCACGUGGCACUAUCAGCCCUGUCUCUGCCCUGGCAGCUUGGGGACCUUCCCGGACACAAACAUUGAAGGCUGCUACAACUGCUCCCAGAACGAGUACUUCGACCACACAGAAGGGACCUGUGUACCCUGUGCACCACCCGCUACCACACUACCGCCAGCCACCACAGGUUCACAGCCUACCACAGCAACCCCCACCAGCACCGAGUUCCGCAGUUCCAGCUCUGCAGCUACACCUAUGGGCCCCUCCAACUUCCCAGGGCUUCCAACCCCACCACCUUCAGCCCCAUCCUCCACUGAGGAAGUAACAGGAUGGACCACCCCCAAGAAAUCUACAGUCUCCUCAGGAGAAUACUCUCCGACUACUGUGGGUACCACACCACAGACAUCAGAUUUGUCUCCUACAUCCAUACCGAAGUCAACACCUACAAGGCUCCCAGUGACACAGGCUACAACUAAGCCCACAGCAUCUUCCUCUAGUUCGUCCACAAAGACCACAGCUCAGUUCACAGAGAGUACCACAGUGACACCACUAAUCUCAGCGAAACCUGGGAUGUCCACCAGCCAAGACGACAUUAUCAGCUCCUACAUCCAGCCCACACAGCACCCCUCUACAAACCACAGUGGAGACCACAGGGACCCCACAUACACCGACAGCUGUCAUUUACACAACCACAGCUACCACACAGCCUCAAAGCACAUUCUCCACGGGCAGAACCUCUACUUCCCACCUUUCACCCACUUCCUCCAUGACCGCCCAUCCGUCCACAUCAGUUCCCGCUACAACCGUAUCAACUGGGACCACCACGGCUGUAACUGCUACCACACAGCCUCAAAGCACAUUCUCCACGGGCAGAACCUCUACUUCCCACCUUUCACCCACUUCCUCCAUGACCGCCCAUCCGUCCACAUCAGUUCCCGCUACAACCGUAUCAACUGGGACCACCACGGCUGUAACUGCUACCACACAGCCUCAAAGCACAUUCUCCACGGGCAGAACCUCUACUUCCCACCUUUCACCCACUUCCUCCAUGACCGCCCAUCCGUCCACAUCAGUUCCCGCUACAACCGUAUCAACUGGGACCACCACGGCUGUAACUGCUACCACACAGCCUCAAAGCACAUUCUCCACGGGCAGAACCUCUACUUCCCACCUUUCACCCACUUCCUCCAUGACCGCCCAUCCGUCCACAUCAGUUCCCGCUACAACCGUAUCAACUGGGACCACCACGGCUGUAACUGCUACCACACAGCCUCAAAGCACAUUCUCCACGGGCAGAACCUCUACUUCCCACCUUUCACCCACUUCCUCCAUGACUGCCCAUCCGUCCACAUCAGUUCCCGCUACAACCGUAUCAACUGGGACCACCACGGCUGUAACUGCUACCACACAGCCUCAAAGCACAUUCUCCACGGGCAGAACCUCUACUUCCCACCUUUCACCCACUUCCUCCAUGACCGCCCAUCCGUCCACAUCAGUUCCCGCUACAACCGUAUCAACUGGGACCACCACGGCUGUAACUGGCCAACCGCCAGCGUUAGCCUCCCAUCCACUGCCAAGACUACAUCUCACGCCCCCACCUUUUCUUCAUUCUCCUCAAAGUCCACCACCUCCCAGUUCACCUCCCUCACUACCCAAGCCUCUACAUCCGGGCUGCUGUCUUCAACCAUGGGCAUGACAGUCUUCCCAAGUUCCCCAUACACCAACCACACGGCUAGACCUCCUGGUACCAGCCCACUGCCUACAACUGCGUUCCUGAGCAGCCCUGCUACUACCAGUGGAAGCUUCUCGCCUUCUACCCUAGAGUCACCCUCCAAACCAGACUCUUCGAUCUCUCCAUCCCCCCAACCUGAAAAUGGCCUCAAGAAAGACCUGCAGCUUGCAGGAAGAGGAGCGAGAGAUUACCUACCAAGGCUGCACAGCAAAUGUGACUCUAACUCGUUGCCAGGGUUUGUGUGCCUCCUCUGUCAGUUUCAAUACCGACACCCUGCAGUUGGAGACCUACUGUGGCUGCUGCCAGCCUCUGAAUACCUAUGA